AUGUCUCUCUCGUCGUCGUCUGAAGACCUCAAGAACGAUGCUUCAGUCGCCAUCGACUCGAAGAGUCCGUCAGAACUCGAGGCGACCUUUGCCUCGGACCAGGAGGACCGCUUUGCCAGUAUCGACCGCAAAAAGCUGCUUCGACGGAUUGACACGCGCAUCCUAAUCUACAUCUGCAUCACCUACAUGUUCGUGCGGCUCGAUCUGAACAACAUCAGCAAUGCCGGCACGAUGAACAGCGAGGUCAAGCAUUCCCUGAAGCAGGUCUUGCACCUUAGCGCAGGCCAGUGGGCAUGGGUGCUCAGCGCGUUCUACUACCCCUACGCCGUUGCCGAACCUAUCUGCACCUUCUUCGUCAAGGCUACCUCGCCUUCGAUCUGGCUCGGACGGAUUUUCGUUUCUUGGGGCAUCGUCAUGGCAUGCAUGGCUGCGGUCACGAACUACGGAGGCCUCGUCGCUUGCCGUGCUCUGCUCGGCUUGCUUGAAGGCAGCUACUUCACGAGCGUUAUCUACCACUGGUCGUUCUGGUACACCCCGGCGGAGAUGGCGCCGCGCGUCCUCUGGCUCUACGUCGCAAACUCGUCAUCGGGCGGCUUCUCAGGCCUCUUCGCCUACGCCGUCUCCUUCUCCGACUCGGCCAAGAUCCACGGCUGGCAAGUCCUCUUUAUCCUCGAAGGCCUGGUUACCAUCGCACUAGGCAUCGGCAUGUUCGUCAUCCUCCCCGACUGGCCCUCGACGAGCAAGUGGUUGUCGCCGCUCGAGCAGGAAUACGUCGUCCACCACCUGCACAAGGACGCGCCGAAGCAGACGGCAAAGACGUGGGAUGCGCAGCAGAUCAAGCGGAUGUUUUCGGACCCGACUUUCUACUUCUUCUCGCUGUUCUGGGCAUGCUACGCCGUCUCGGCAUGGGGCAUCGGCACCGUCCUGCCGUUCGUCAUCAAAGACCUGGGCAUCACCGACUCCGCCGGAACGCAACUCCUCCAGAUCCCGCCCGCCGCAACCGGCGUCGCCAUGUGCAUCAUCUCCGCCUACCUGAUCCGCAACCGCGGCAUCUCCGCCUUCGCCGUCACGCUCGCCAUCAUCGCCGGCGUGCUCGUCUCGUUCGCCGUCUUCCUCAAGGCGAAACCGGCUGGCUUGCGUUAUGCCGCCGUCUGCGUCAUUUCGGGCUCGACGGCCACCGCCUAUGCGUGUUUGUGGCCUCGACGAGUCGCGGCUUUGCGCGGCACUUCCGCUGCAGCGCUCGGGAUCGGCAUCAACAACGCCAUCUCGCAGCUGAGCGGCAUCGUGGGCCCUCAAGUCUGGCGUCUCAACUUCGGGCCCCGUUACGAGACCUCAGCGAAGAUCUCGCUCGCAUUCUGCAGCGCCGACUUUGUGAUCGUCCUCAUCUUGUGGUGGUUGAUGGAGUACCCGCAUUUGCCUGGGUGGCUGAAGAAGAGGGUCUUGGCGCAGACACAGAUCACGGAGGAGGAUCAGGAGGCGGCGAAGAGGGGCGAGACGAUUGGGACGGGCGAGGAGAAGCGGUAG